AUGAGGUUCUUGGUGUUGGCGACUCUGAUCGCUGCGGCGGCAGCUUCCGCACUUAAAGAUACCAACUACAACGAUUUCGUUAUCGGCAAAGAUACCUUAGUAAACGUUGAUAUCAAAACUAAGGAAAUCUACUGCUGGAAGCUCUUGAACCACAUUCUGCAACCUACAGUCUACGAUGACAUCCGUGAAGUAGCCAGGGACUUUGUACUUGAAGAUAACUUCGACAAAUUCUUGAAAGACGAUGUCGUCAAACGCUUCAUUGAAGUAUUCAAAAUGGGUAUGCUCCCCCGUGGCGAGAUCUUCGUGCAUACCAACACGCUUCACAUGGACCAGGCAAUCGUCACCUUCCGCAUGCUCUAUUUCGCUAAGGACUUCGACACAUUCAUCAGAACAGCUUGCUUCCUUAGGGAACGCAUCAACGGUGGUAUGUUCGUCUACGCCUUGACUUGCGCAGUCUUCCACCGCCACGACUGCCGCGGCGUCGUUCUACCUGCUCCAUAUGAAAUCUACCCCUACUUCUUCGUAGACAGCCAUAUCAUUAACAAAGCUUCAAUGCUGAAAAUGUCCAAGGCCGCAACUGACCCAGCCAUCUUUAACUACUACGGCAUCAAAGUCACUGACAAGAAUCUGUUAGUGAUUGACUGGCGUAAAGGAGUAAGAACGACCCUCACCAAGGAUGAUCGUUUGUCAUACUUUACUGAGGACAUCGACUUAAACACUUACAUGUACUACUUGCAUAUGAGCUACCCCUACUGGAUGGUCAAGGAUACAUACAACCUACAAAAAGAGCGUCGUGGAGAGAUUAGCAUGUACGCUUACAAGCAGCUACUGGCCCGCUACAGGCUUGAGCGUUUAACCAACAAGAUGUGCAACAUUGACAUGAUUAAAUUCGACGAUGAACACAACGUAGGCUACUGGCCGAAGAUCCGUCUGCAUACUGGUGAUGAGAUGCCAGUCCGUCCCAACAACGUCAAGCUGGUUAACAAGUACAACCUAAAGGAUAGAAUGUACGUGGACGACAUUGAGAGGAUGAUCCGUGAUGGUAUCACAACAGGCAAGAUCGAAAAACGCGAUGGUACAGUUAUCCAGCUGAAGAAGGCCGAGGACUUUGAGAACCUCGCAAGAAUGCUCCUGGGCGGUUUGGGUGUCGUUGAUGAUGACGCCAAGGUCAUUCAUGUCGUGCACCUCUUUAGAAGGCUUUUAUCUUACGGAAACUACAACUUUGAGAAGUACACAUACAUUCCCACUGCUUUGGACAUGUACACUACCUGCCUGCGAGACCCUCUUUUCUGGAGAGUAAUGAAGCGAAUUACAGAGCACGCUGAUCUUUUCAAAUUGUACUUACCUAAGUACACAAGAAAUGAACUAGAUUUCCCCGGCGUCAGAGUAGACCGCAUCACCACAGACAAACUAGUCACCUUUAUGGAUGAGUACGAUCUCGAUAUAACCAACGCGCUUUACUUGGAUGAAGCCGAAAUCCAGAAGAAGAAAUCGGACAUGACAUUCGUCGCUCGCAUGCGCCGUCUUAAUCACCAUCCCUUCAAGGUAACCGUCGAUGUCGAAUCGGAGAAAGCAGUUGACGCCGUCGUGAGAGUGUUCUUUGGACCCAAAUACGACUGCAUGGGUCGUCUCCUUAACUUCAACGACAAACGUCAUGACAUGCUCGAAAUUGACAGCUUCUUGUACAAACUUCAGACUGGUAAGAACACUAUCGUCCGCAACUCAAUAGAAAUGCACGGAGUUAUCGGAGACAGGGAAUGGACCCGCCGUUACUUCGACAACUCAGGCGAUACCACAGGAGCGUAUGAGAAGAUUAUCGACAGUUACUGGUACAAGACACGCAUCGGAUUCCCACACAGGCUUCUCUUACCUCGCGGUACUGUUGGCGGUGUUGAGAUGCAGAUGUUCGUAAUUGUAACUCCAGUACGCACUGGUAUGUUGCUACCAACCGUAGAUGUCAAUGUCAUGAAGGACCGUCACGCUUGCCGAUGGACCGUAUGCUUUGACACAAUGCCGCUUGGAUUCCCCUUCGACAGAAAAAUCGAUAUGACCGACUUCUUUACUACCAACAUGAAGUUCACAGACAUUAAGAUCUUCUACAAGGACAUGAGUACAUCCAACUCUGUAAAAGAUAUGGACACGUCUGACAUGAUCUUGAAACGCGACGACCUCACCUACUACGACAAAGACAUGUUCAUGAAAUGGACCUACAAGGACGUCAUGAUGAUGAGCGCUGACAAGAUGAUGAGAAUGUAA